CUGGAGAUGCCAUCCUCCUUGGCUCAGGAGGUUCACCUUGCUAGAAGACAUGAGGAGAUACUGUCUCAGAGAUCAGAGCUGCUACAGCAGAUGGAGACUUAUCUAAGAGACAAAAAGACUAAAAAGACAUGGCAAACUCAAGCAGCUGAUGCAGCUCGUAAAAGGAAUGCAGCACUUUUAAAUGAUAUAGAAGCAGCAGAAAAAAGGCUGCAAGAAAGAGUGCAUUUACUUCCACAUCCUGAUACUGUUAAGUUAGAAACUCUCUAUUGGGCAUCAAUAAAAGAAUCUCUUCCUAAGUGGGAAGAGUUUCUUUUAGGAAGAGCAGAAGUUCCUAUUGGCUUUAAGAAAAUGAAAGCUACAAAGCAGAGCAUAAACUACCCUGAAGAAGGUUCACAAAAAUAAACAUUUUAGUUUCAUUUUGUUUUGUAAUUUAUCACUUAAGCAGAGAAGAUCAUCCAUAUCGGGCAACAGAAUAUCAUGCAAUUAAACUGAAAUAUAAAUAAUUUAAAUUAAAAUGAAUGACAUAGGAUAAUUUCAUUCCAUUGUUGCUUUGUGUACAAUUCCUUAUUUUUAUUCUGUACCAGAGAAGCAAUCCUCAAAUGGGCUUUUAGGACCAAGAAUGAGAAAUAUUGGUGCAUAGAUUUCCACCAAGGCAAUUGGCUUUCAGUGUGAGAAGUGUUUUAUGUUAUUUUUAAUCCUCUGCUUCAACAUAUAAGUGCGAUAAGUAAAGCCAGAUUCUUGCAUUAUCUUUCUUCACUUCAGUCAUCUGUGCUGCAUGCCUGCUCGUGCAUGAGGGAGAAGGAAGAGUUUACUGUUAGCAGAAAAGGCAGGCUGUGCAUCGGAGUAGCCUUGGUUUAGCACCAGGAAUCUCUGCAAGAACCUUCACGAGAGCAGUUGUAAAAGGAACAAACUUGAAUUUCUGCAUUUUGUUUUCCUUGGUUUUUUUGUCAUUGCCACUUUCAUCACUCAUACACCUCGCUCCAGGCAGCUUUCUCCAACCUCCUUCUGCCUACAUUGUAUUUCUUGUCUAACGGACGGGGAAACUAAUCUCUAGGGCUUUUUCCUACUUCUGGGCUGCUCUUAAUGCUACUUUCUUUCUGCUGAUAUAAUCUACAAGUGAGAAGUUUUUCUGAGGCAUGAAAAGUUUGAAUGAAGCAAACUGGAAGAUAACUGGCAGCGGCUAUCCAAGAACAAAGCAUAUACAGAAGUUGAGAUGUAAUAUUUUCGUUUUCAGCCAUUGAACAGCUUCCCAGCUUCCUCCUACAGAGGUGCAGUAUCAGUGAGUUUUAAUUGUGCUGAGCUAACUAGCUAACUGUACAGAACUUCUAAAAGUGUCACUUCAGUGGAAGAUCCUUCCUGGUGUGUGACGUGGCCUGCAGAAAAUUAAUCUUUCCUAAGCAAAAGAAGCCUAGAAAAUAUUAAUUCAUUUUAUUGUUAAGAACCUGGACUUGAUUCAGUAUACUGUUAAAAUUUAAUCUUCUGCAGCAACCUGGAAGUAGUAGGGAAAAAAAAUACCUCUGUCAGUGUCUGAGGAUAUGAAAAUGUAGUGAUUGCAAAUAUUGCUAGGCUACUAGUUACGUGAGCUAUGCAUCUUCAUACUACAUAGGGGAGACCUCAAUAUUCAAAAAAUGUUAUAUCCUUAUGCAGCAUGAAGAAUCACUGACACAAUAAAAUCAAAAUUGUGCAAUAUAAAAUUGUUGUAUAUCUUCCACAGUAAUAUGAAGACUUCAUUUUAAACUUUUUCUAUUGAAGUGUCCAUUAAACUGAUAACUUUUUACAGAAACUGCCAUCUUAGAAUUAUCCUGUUGAGUGGGUGUUGGUGUUUGUAACAAUAACGUUGUUUUCAUAAUAUGUGAUGGCAGAUUAGCACGCUUCUCUGCAGUGUUGUUAACAGUUGUAAUUAAGGAAUAAACAGUAAAGGGUGUCAGUCCGAUGACAAUUUCAUCUAUAGUGUCACAAUACAAAAUGUCACAAAAUAUUAGAACUGUUAUAUAACUACAAAAAUAUCAAAUUAGGCUUUCAUCUUACAAGCUGAGAGCUUAAAAAAAACUUGGCAUAGAGACCAUUGCAAUUUUAUACCUACUCAGUGUUCUGUCACAAAGACAAGUUGGUAAUAUUUUCUUCUGUAAACUCACAAUGUGAUUCUCAAUCUGAUUUAGUGGGAAUGUGUAUGGAUCUUACACUUGUAGAGCUCACAUUUUAAAAGCAAAUAAUUGGAACCAGUUGAGCACACAAGAAGGAAAAACCUAUUAUACAUGAUGCUCAGAAUGAAGGGAUGGAUGAGCAGUUAGUUACUAACAAAGAAUGGGAUGCAUCCUAUUCUUUACAUCCAGAGGAGGGAAAUCACUUCCACAAAAAAUCUGGGCCCCUAAGUACUUUAUACAUGCAAAUAAUCUGGGUCUUUAUCUCUUCUGACUCCACCUAACCACUGGGACACAAUGCAGAUGCUCACAAUCUCCUUGCCCUUGUGAUUUCCCCUGGAAGGAGAUCGAGGUGUGUGGACGCUGAGUGCAUGGGUGAGAAUUUGGCAAUGUGCAUGAAGGGCACCUGCAAGCAGGGUUAGAGUAGUUACUGCAGUUAGGUUCUCACACAGCGUGCCUGAGAGUAAAAUGAAAUUAUCUUCAAAGAAGGAAUUUAAUUUUAUUUCCUGCAGCGUAACUUUAGAAGCAAUAGAAGUAUUUCAAGGAAAACCAUGUAGGAAUAUGUCCAGAAAACGAAAAACUGAAUGAAGAGAAGCAUUUAAAGCAGGAAUGUGUGUUCUCACAGACAAGGGCCUUCAUGUUGGCCUGAUUUGAAACAAAUAAAUGCAAUUGCCUUUGACUGUGAAACAGCACAGUAAUAGGGGCAGGGGCAACACAGCAGGGUCACUAAGGAACAGGAGCAAGUGUCUGCUGAGUUGAGGCAUGCAGUGGCAGGGACCAUAAUUACAUGGGAUCUCCUGUUCUACUUAGAUUUGUUAAGUUUACCAUGGCUGGGCUAGCUUGAUACUUGCAUUUUUAUAGAUACAGGUUUGAGAAUGAAAAUGUUAAAUUUGAGUGUGCUUUCAAAAAAUUUAAGAAUCCCCCAAAGUGAUUUAUUCUGAUGUGAUUCAAUAUUGGUCUCCUAUGGGAUCUUGAAUGGGUAUUCUUCACCAAGUCAAGACAGUCGCCUCAAACAUGUUGAUUCUAUGUAGUUAUACCCCAUCUUAA